AACCCAAAAUCCGAACACCCGUUCAGGAGUUGAUUGUGUCUCAUAUUCUUUUUCUUUUUAUUUCGCUCUCUCUUUCGCUUUCUUGUUCCCUUUUAAUAUCUUCUUUACAACCUUAUAGGGAUAGAAUCAGUUUGACUAUUGAGGGUAAAAAGGCUCUCCAUUCUCUUUUGUUGCUUCAAGAAUCUCAACUGUCACUUGGACAAACCAAACUAAUUUAGGAGCUUUACAUGAUAACUCAAGAUUGGGCGAUGAAGUCAAGAAAGUCAAAAGCGUCAGGUAGCAACAGCAACAAUAACAUCAGCAACAAAUUUGACGACCAUCGUACCAGCGCCUUGUCCUUCUUUAAAAACCGUCUGUUUAGCAACAGCAGCGAGAGUUCUGCCGAAUCAUCGCCAUCCACCUCGUCUUCGCGUUCAAUUCCACAUAGAUCGCCGCUAUCGAUCGACAUUCCACAGUCAACCAACAGACGGGCCUCAUCCACACCCGAUCGACCGAUCUCAAAAUCGUUUGAAGAACCUUCGUUUUUUGAAGCAUCAUGCAGCAACACAAGCGCUAAAAAUAAUAAUAAUAACCCGCGCCCGGUAUCCAUGAUGAUGGGUUUGCACCGGACAAGAACAGGCGACAGUAGCGAUAGCCAUCAUGUUGUUGCCAGUACCCUCACUACUACUGCUGCUGCUGCUACUACUACUACUACUACUACUACUACUACUACUAGUACGAGUGCUACUGUUGCCAAACGACGACAACCGCCAGACGAUGCAGACGAAAAGAAACGCACGAGCUUUAUCGUCAUCAAAGAAGGGUAUUUGUACAAAAAGGCCGACUUCCGAGCGUUUCACAAGGCACACAAUCACCGCGGGUGGAAGCUGUAUCGCAUUGUUCUGCGUGGGCAUAAACUCUAUCUGUACAAGCUGUCAUCGGAGUCGCCGCUCCGAUCACUCGUUUCGUCGCCCAAACACCAUCGUCAACAAAAGCAACAACAACAACCACAACCACAACCACAACCACAACCACAACCACAACGAGAGGAGCCCCUGGUUAUUCACCAUCCUGCCGAACUCUUUAACAACGAACAACUCCGCGACAAUUAUAUCUAUGGAGCCAUGUUCAUCAAUAAGGAUCAGCACCGCGUCGGUCUACUGAUAUUUACAGACAUGCUCAUCAUCAGCACCUGCAUCUCACCACGGUUCCACUGGCAGGAGGAUUGCAGAAUCCCCCUCGACAAGCUGCAGGUGGAAAAACGUGGCGACGGCUUGGCACUCACGAUGGAAGACGGCGAGCAACGCGUGUACACGGCCAUCUCUGCUGACGUACAGUCAGCAUGGUUGAAUGCUUUUGAAUCUCAAGUCGGACUGCCGCGGAUUACAAUCAGCAAAGAAGACAAAGAAGAACGGCUACCUCGUGACGAUACACAGUUGCACGUCAUCGAGGAUGCUAGCGGCACCGGUGGACGACGCAUUGUGCAAGGAGGGACAGUUGGGGCAUUCAUCCACGAGCUGCUAGUGCAUGAUCCACUGGACGAGGAAUAUAUGAAUGCUUUUCUACUCACAUUCCCCAUGUUUACCAGCACUGCAACCGUGCUUGAUAUUUUCAAAGCGUACGUGUCACAUACACCUCACGUGUGCGGCCGUCUUGUCGACAUUUUCCAAGUCUACUGCACGCAUUUUGCGCAGGAUGUAGUGGGUGAAAUGGCGAAUGGCAUGAUAUCUAUUCUUGAGACGCUGGAAGCGAGCGAGAGUGUUGACACUGCUGUACGAAAACGAAGCGCACAGAUCAAGCAAUUGGUGCUUGCCACUGUUACACGCAAUGGUGACGAGGCUGGUGCAGAAUCAUCGUCUGCUGCUGCUGCCGUUGUAGUACAGACAGCAACAGCGGCAAUAAUGGCAAAAACAUACGAUGAUGAUGAUGAUGAUGAUGAUGGCGAUGGCGGUGACGAUAAAGGCAUUGGGACUGUCGAGGAUAUACCCGGAUUCAGAAGAUCGCAUGUCGCUCGAAGACCUAGCUCAGUCAACCUGUCAAACAUGUUGAUCACGGGUCUGACGCCAUCCUUGUUCCUGACCAUCGAUCCACUGAGCUUUGCUGAGCAAAUCUAUUGGUUCCACUUUUCGCAGCAUCGACAGCACGAGACCACACUGACAAGUCCGCUUUCCUAUGUGCCACGUCCACAAACAUCGCCACAGGUGAUCAACUCGCUAGUGUUCACAACUGCAUCGCCGCAUUUCCUAACAAAGCUAAUACGACACCACAUCCUGAUCGAUUCGCAGCAAGAAGAUAUGAUUGGUAUGGAAAACGACAACACGACGCUGACACGAUCGUUGCUGCUUGAGCAUUGGAUUCGCGUGGGCAUCGCUUUGACCAAGCUAGGCGAUAUGACGGGUUGGUGCGCUGUUGCCACAGGGAUUUGCUCGCUAGGUGUGAUCCGACUCAAGGAGUCAUGGAAAUCAGUGAAUCGAGGCUUAGUAGCUACGGUGACGCAGCAUUGGGUGGACAAGCUCGCAGAGUAUGGGUUCUUUGCGCAGGACAUGUGGAUCGAUGAAUGGGAGAAGAAAGCUGCCAUUGAUGCAUUUGCUCGGAUUAUGGAUCCGCCACGGAACAGCGAGCUGCAAGGACUGCCCUUCUUUGGCACGCUUCGGCAAGCGGUGGAUCGUCUUCGAAAGCACGUCAAGGAUGAAGAUGAUAGUGGAAAGGGAACAGUCAAUUUUUCAAAAUAUCGGCUGAUUUAUGAUGCCGUACGCCAAAGCCUGGGCAUCUGGAAAGCGUUGCACAAAAGAGAUAGUAACGAAGAAGAAGAAGGAGGAGGAGGGCAGGCACCUCCUCCUCCGUUCAAGGUGGUUGGUCCUCUACAAGCCUUUUUCGAGCAUUCUGUCACCGACUUUAUCUCCGUGCCGCACGAUUUCAAGUACUUGCAAGAAUGCUCGCAGGCAUGCGAACCUCGGAUCUUUGGCCAGAGCUAUGAUCGACAUCGCAAAUUUGACUCGUUGCACGGAACAGAUGUGGCGCCGCCUUCCUCAGCCACAUUGACAUUUCCAGAGGUUCUAGAAGGGUACACCUUAUUUCAAUCGCAUCAACACCCUCAUCAUCAUCACCAACACGGCCAAGAUGCAUCGUCGUGGACGACAUCUCCACGAUUUCAUGUGCGUAAAAAGGCCUCAUUCCAGAGCAUCAAAUCAGAGGAGCCACCUGGCACGCCCUCCAGCGCAACGACUGUGCCUCGUCCCGCAGCACCAGAACAUGCUCGAUCGUCGCCCCGUGUAACCAAUCGCAAAAUGUUCCGGCGACGAACGUACAGCUUUCCGCCCGGCGGCGCAGGGAGUGGUGUCGUUGGCGGCGACACGGAAACGAUCAACAGCAGUAGCAGUAGCAGCAUCAAAAAGAGCGAGGAAUAUUCAGACAGCUACCUCGACUCGCUUCACAGUAAGACAUGGCUCGGCUCAUUGAUUUCCCAUCGACACGGGAGCUAUUCGGCCAAAGCAAUCCUGGAUGCGAUGCAGCGCAGGGAGAGAGGUCCGAAUGACUGGAUGCUGAUUGUAGAGAAUGGCAACUUGAUACUCAAGGCUUCCACAUUGGUGCAGGCCGAUGACUCGGUGACAAGGAAGCAGCCAUUGAAAAAGAGUACGUCAAGCGGGUUCUUGGCGCUGGCAGAAAAGGGCAGCUCGGGGAUACGGUCACGAUCAGGUACGAUCAAUAGCAUGACGCCAAACGAAGCACUACAAAGGGACGACGAUGCGACGCGAUUGAUGGCGUCAGAGAACAACAACAGCAAGGACAAUGAUGGUACGCCGAUCUUUGUCAACGUCAAGGCGGGUCGGUUGGAACGGUUGGUGGAUAUCCUGGUCAAUGGCGUGUCGCGGUACAACGUGGACAUGCGCGAACAUUGGCAGCUUCCAACGAGGCUAGUGGAACAGCAGUUUAGCGCUCAUCAUUUGGCAUUGGACGAAGAAGAGUACACGAAUGCGUUCUUUGUGACCUAUCGCAGCUUUUGUUCUGUCGUGGAGCUGUUGGAGCUAUUGCGCGAAAUGUUCACGGGGGCAGUAGCAGCUGGACGCCGUGCCAAGCAACAAAAGACGAGCAUGCUUGAAAGUGUAUUUCAAGCAACAUCCACAACAAGAAGCAGUAGCAGCACAACAACAGCAACAACAGCAACAAGCACCAGCAAUAAUAGCAGUAGCAGCACAUCAGCUGACUUUGACUGGCGUACGGUUGCUUCGAUCCAGUUACGCGUGGUGAAUCUCAUGCUGCACUGGAUUGAAGAGCACUUUUACGACUUUGUUGACGAGAUUGAGAUCUUGAAUCACGUCGGUCGCUUUCUGAAGCAGGCGCAGGACGCUUUGGAGGAAUGGCGUUCGGUUAUUCAACAACAGCAAGCAGCAACGACAACAACGACAGAUGAGCAGACGGCUUUGACAACAGCAGCACACAUUGGCCGACAGCUUCAAGAACUACGAAAACACUUUAUCCACAAGAUCCUAUCACCGAGCUACGACCUAAAAGCGAUCGACUAUGACACAGGCUGCAGUCGGAAAGUGGACGAGUUGUACAAGCAAUUGACGAGUGGAACACAAGGUUUUCGCACGGCGAUAGCGCAAGGCACACGCAAAUCAAUGGCAUUCACAUUAUCGGCGCAGCCCCUGGACGAUAACGCAAUGGGCGCGCACAGCCUCGUUGAUCAGCAGUCUGCAGCAACGCUGCUGAAACAAGCAGACCAAAGCGUGCGGCAAUUGUUCGCGUCGGUGACGCUGCAGGAUUGGAUUCAGACGUUUGAUGUGUUUGAGGCACAGUCGAGCGACUUGUAUGCAUGGCUGCCGUCCCACAAAGCAUCGCAUUCACCGCCCAUGUCAAAGACACUGUCGCCUGUGCGAGAUGCGCCAACGGCCCAGCCUACCGACUAUCAUAUCCCAGCAGAUGAUGUCAUGGUGUCUGAUAUUUUUACAGCGAUCGAGGGCGCCCGCCGUUCCAUUGUGUCACCAUCCGCAUUUUCGGCCGAUGACCUGCUGCUGGCGUUCCCUAGCUCCAUCCAGUAUCUGUACUGCAUGCACUUUAUUAUCCGCAGCUGGGUCAUCCAUGAGAUCACACCGCGUAACAUUGAUUUUCAGACACGUGUGCAACGGAUCGACACAUUUCUGCAGAUGGUUGUGAUGAGCAAGUCGGCGACUGAGCGGAUGGCGUUGUUUCCAGAACUCAGGGAUGUCGAGGAUCGACCGCGACGUGUGCCAGGAUUUGUUGAAUAUGCAAUUGCAAGUGCGCUGAUUAGUCCUGAAGUGCGGUUGUUUUCGCGCGCAUGGAUGCAAGUUGGACGUCGAUACGGACAGAUGCAGCUGGAUACGUUGGAAAGUUUACUCAGCCAUGUGCAACAGACGAUCACAGCCGACAGUAUGGUACUGGUCCCGAGUGUAGGAUGGGUCUUUGAUCGGAUGCUUGAGUUGUGUGCGGCGGUUCCAGACACGCACAACCAGAAUGAGCACAUGAUCAACUUUGAUAAACGGCGCUAUGUGUUUCAUUUUCUGCAAUUGGUGAUGAACGCACAGAUGGAUCUGGAGGAACAACGACAUCAGUCGGUCGGUCCAGAUGGAGGCGAAGCAGCAGCAGCAGCAGCAGCAGCACAAGGCUAUCUUUCGUUCAUCAUCAGUCCGGAUAUGCGCAAGUCUACCUGGAAGGAACUCAAGGAGUGUGCCGUCAAGGAGAACAAGCAAGGAGGGAGUGGAAGCAGCAUGCCGCCUAUCCGCAGUGGCUCAACGAAACUACAACAAGGAGUGUUUAGCAAACUCGUCAGCGAGCAGCUCGAAAAGCUCAAGCGGGAUAUCAAAGAGCGGGACCGGAUAGACAAGGAGUGGCGUGAUUUGCAACACAAGCUACAGAAACGACAAAUCGAGCAAGCGCGAUAUUUGGAAAAGCAGGAGCGCAAAAGUCAUAAGCAUGGUCUUCAGCAACAGCAGCAGCAACAUUUGCCAAAACUCAACUCAUUAUUCCGCGGUUUGCGUCCAGCCCUCUCUUCAUCAUCGUCAUCAGCAAUAGCAGCAGCAGUAACAACAACAUCUUCAACAGUAGCAGCAGCAGCAGCAGCAGCAGCAGAUCCCACUUACUCGGUUCAGUUUCAGACUGCAAAGGCAUCCACGGUGAUAAACCUUAUUCAUUCCACAACCUCGGUGGCUAGCGCAUAUACCAAACGCGAUCACGUGUUCCGGAUAGUGACCGAGGAAGGCGGUCAAUAUUUGUUCCAAGCCACGAACUGGGAGGACAUGCACGACUGGAUGCAACAAAUCAAUAAUGCGGCGCGAGAGGGAACAGUCAAACGACGCAGUGUGCUUGCGUCUGAAAGCAACGAGCAGCAGCGCAACAGUCGGUUUGGUGAAGAAGGUUCUUCCAAUACGGGUUGUGGAACGUCAGCAGCAGCAGCGGUGACGAACACAAGAAAGUCUGUGUACGGCGUAGAUCUUGUUGUGCUGAUGGAUGAUGGUUCGGUGCCACUGCUUGCGGAAAAGUGCAUUGCAGAAAUCGAAAAGCGAGGGCUCGAGGAGGUGGGCAUCUAUCGCACAGCUGGCACGGGCUCUGUGGUAGAGCAGCUCAAGGCCGCGUUCAAUGCGGAUAUGCGCAAGGUGGACCUGAGCGAUCCGCAGUGGGCAGACAUUAACGUGGUGGCGGAUGCAUUCAAGCAAUUCUUGCGUAAUAUACCCGGUUCUUUAAUGACACACACCUACUAUGAUGAGUUCAUCCAUGCGGCAGCGUCUGAGGAUCACGACCAACGGGUUUACCUGAUCAAGCAGGUUCUUCAGAAGCUUCCGGACCCCAAUUACACGCUGCUGAAGCGGCUCGUCGAACACUUUGUCAUUGUGACGGAUCUCGAAGCGACCAAUCACAUGUAUGCAACAAACCUCGCUAUUGUGUUCGGACCGACAUUGCUGCAGCCAGCGCCAGGUCCAGCCUCGUUUGCAACAACCAUGUCCAAUCUAGGCCAUCACCAAACGAUCGUGAAAUACCUGAUCUUGCACUUUCAUUAUCUCUUUGACAUUGAGGGCGAAGAAACUGGAAACGACGACGACUAGACUGACUGACUGACAGACAGAGGAUACGAUGGUGGCAGCAACAAACAACAACAACAACAAUAAAUAAUUAUAAUAAUUAAUGAUAAAUAGUAUUUAAAAAGAAAUAAAAAUUUUCCCAUGAUGAUGACGAU